AUGGCCUGCGGUGGGACGGCCGAGGCUGGGCUUGCUUUGCGGAGGACUCGCGUCUGCUCUGGUACAGCUUUGCAGCUGCUCCAUGAGACUGUGAAAAGAAAGCUUGAUAGUGCUGCUUCCCCUCAGAAUGGAGACCAGCAGAAUGGCUAUGGUGAUGUAUUUUCUGUGUCCAAGAAACUGCGUCGUGAUGAUGGUCUUGGUGGAGUGAGCGGUUCUUCCAAUGGAAUGCCCCCUGUGUCUCCACUCCAUCAUCUUGACAAGAAAUCUGGCAGUGGAGAUACCUUACAACUUAAUGGAAAACAUCCGAUGGGGCUAGAUGGCAUCAGCAAGAAGUGUCUUCCAGAUUCCAGCCUGCAGAUGAAUGGAGGUGGUGAUGCUGAUGACUCAUUUCCUCUGAGUUUGAACAAAGAGCUGAAGCAGGAGCCUGUAGAUGAUCUUCCAUGUAUGAUUGCUGGAGCAGGGGGUUCUAUAUCUCAGAAUAACUUGAUGCCUGAUCUUAAUCUUAAUGAGCAGGAGUGGAAGGAACUUAUUGAGGAGCUUAAUAGAUCAGUGCCCGAUGAAGACAUGAAGGAUCUCUUUAAUGAAGACUUUGAGGAGAAAAAAGAUGCGGAUUCUUCAAAUUCAGCUGCACAGACUCCAUUGCCACAAGAUAUUAACAUAAAGACUGAGUUUUCCCCAGCACCCUUUGAACAGGAACAGAUGGGAUCUCCCCAGGUGAGAUCCACUUCAUCAGGUCCAGCAUUUAUUGGUGCUGCUUCCGUACCUGUAAGUGCCGCUUCUCCAGCGGUUGGUAGUUCUCAGGCUAUGUUUCAGCCUUCCAGUCAGUCAAUGACUGAAAAUCCUAAUCAGCCCAUGAUGCAGGCAUCAAACCACUCUCAGAACGUCCAGAGGCCUCUCCCCAAUGUGUUGUUACCUGGGAAGGGUGCAGGAAGUGCCAAAGAAAUGUCUUCUGCUCAUCAACUUCAGCAGAUUGCUGCCAAGCAGAAGAGAGACCAGAUGUUGCAGAACCAGCAGCAAGCUUCACAAGUCCAUCAAACAAAUCAGAUGUCUACGUGGCAACAGUCUGGGCCUUCUCAUAGUCCACUGGCUGUCCCAUAUACCAUGGAAAAUCCCACCAGCCCAUUGGUUUACCAGCCAGACUUCAACAAUCAGAAACUCAUGAUGCCUAAUAUGGGAAAUAAAAGCUCGCCGAGAGCUGGAGGCAAUUACCAUGUGAACAUUUUGGGUCAUCAGCAAAACAGCUUGAACCAGAACCCUGUGAAUAGUCAAGGCUCUAUGCUAGACUAUGGGAACACCAAACCUCUUUCACAUUACAAGGCAGAAUGUGAACAGGGGGUUACAGUACCUGGUCAGAACAAGGCUCCCAUGUUGGCAUACAUACAACAGCGCCAGCAGCCACCGCUGUCUCACGUAAGCGAUGACCAAAAUGGGAUGAUCCUGUUGAAACCCAAGUCUGGAAACAUUGCCUACCGACUACCACACAGCCAGGAUCAAAACCCUUCUCCUAACGUUCCUCGCGUUCCCGUUUCUGUCCCGGGCCCUGGUGUGGGUGCCCAGGCUCCCAACGUCUCCAUGGCAGGUAACCACAGCAACCCACCUUAUCUCAGCAAUCAGCAGCAAGCAGCAGUGAUGAAGCAACACCAAAUGCUGAUGGACCAGCAGAAGCAGAGGGAGCAGCAACAAAAGCACUUGCUCAUGGAGCAACAGAAGCAGCAAUUCCUAAUGGAGCAGCGACAGCAACAUCUUCUGGCUGAGCAGGAGAAACAGCGGCAGCAGCAAGAGCAACAGCUGCAGCGGCAUUUGACUCGACCACCUCCCCAAUAUCAGGAUCAACCGCAGAAUCUGUACCAGCAACAGGUUGGACAGUUCACAG